UAACAUGGACGAGUAGUCUCUUAGUAGAAGACAGAAUGAAAGGAUCCAAGUUGUACUUAGUUCUUCUCUUAGCGACGAUAAUAUCGUCUUCUUUCGCUGAACUUUGUAAUUUGGAGAAACAAUCGGGAUGGUACAGAUGUCAAGGUCUUACGAGUUUAGCACAAUUGGCCUCGUUACCGGACUCGGUAGUUGGGCUUAGAUUGGACAAGUCCAACAUCAGCAAUAUACCAACCAACGCAUUCUCAAGAUUCGCCAGCAGUCUGAUAGAAUUGAGGAUCACCGGAUGUUCUCUCGAGAAGAUAGAAGACGAUGCAUUCAGAAGCCUCGAUAAACUGGAGACGCUCGACUUGUCGAACAAUCGGAUCGUAGCGAUCGAGACAUCCUGGAUACGGGGAUUGUCGAAGUUGAAGGAAUUGAUCGUUUUGAGAAAUCGAAUUCGUAAGAUCGAUCAAGAGUUUUACGUCCUAUUACCGAAACUCGAACUACUCGAUAUAGCUUACAACGAAUUGGUCGAUUGUAUUACCGAAGAGAAUUUAAAGAAAUUGAAACAUUUGAAGCUAAUAUUAAUAGCUAGUAAUCCAUGGUCGUAUCGUUGUAGAGCGAAAAUGACUUAUUCGUUGAAACGAGGUGGCGUUAAUUGGAUAAAGGAUUGGUCAAUUGGCGAUCUUUUGAUCGAAGAGUGUUUAGUGCACGAACCUAAAGCCGACACGGACGACGAGAUCUUGCGCAAAUGCGUCGAUAGAAAAUCGUUCGAAUCCAUUAGUCCGAUAUUACCAGCUUUGGAAAGGAAGGUAGAUGAAUUGUCGAGGAAGAUCGAAGGAUUGGAAAACGAAGUGAAGGAUCUUAAGAAAAAGGAUUAAAUUCAAAUUUCAUUUUGAGCAUUCUUUUCUUUCUUUCUUUAUUCGCCAUCAAGAACGAGUGUUAUUUGAACAAAAUUUUGCGCUAAAUCAUCCUCUUCUCCUUCUUUUUCUUUCUCUCUUUUAGUUAUCCCGAUCGAAAGAUAGAAAAGGAAGUUUCAUUGAUUUAAGUAAUACAUAUAUUAUUAUAUAAUAUUAUAUCUUACACGUGAUAAGAUUUCUCUUAUCAUGGAUAAGCUCGUCCGUAAUCACAUAUAGAAUUGAUUAUAUACGAAUAAACGUUUUAUUGGCUUAUAUCCGAUCAUGUUUAUGUAUAAAUUAUUUCGAGUUACGUAAGGAUUAUUUUUCAACGCAACAACCACCGACUCAAACGCGAUCGAGUAUAAUAAUAUUAUUUGUCGUUGUCGUUAAAUGGAUCGUUCAUUUGGAAAAUGGUGUAAGUCCAUUUAAAAAAAAAAAAAAAAAAAAAGAAAUAGAAAUUUAAAUGUCACGUAACUUGCGAUCAAUGUAAUAAACAACGUUCUAUUUGUAACUGGUUAAUAUUUGAUAUCUUAAAAAAUGUCAAUGCUUCGUUCAAGUUAAAAUUGCACAAUAAAAUAAAUUACUUAGCGAUGUAUAAUAUGCUGAUCAUUAAUUUUCUCGAAACAACAAAAAAUGGACUAGCAACAAUUUCGAAAUAAAUAUCGUUUGGAAUUA